AUGCCAAUAACAACUAUUUACUUGAGUAUUCAGAGUAUUUUAGGAUGUCCUGGGCAGCGCAGGGAUCUGGGUCGCCUGCGGCAACUGGAGGAGCUGAUUCGUCGGCCGCCGAGUGUUAAUGCAGAGGCCAACAGCACUGUACUGUAUAAUCCUGUCACUCAGCCCCUGAAAUCAGCGGCGGACUUCCGCCGGCUAAUUAACUUCCUGCUCGAAGAGGAAUUCCGAAAGGAGUUUGUACGCAACACUCAAGACCACCAAGCACAUUCUGACGAUGGAAGUGAGAAGGUUUUCGAAAAGUCAGUUAAAAUAUAA